AUGUGUGGAAUCUUCGCCUGCCACAACCACCCUAAUGUUCAACGGUUCAAGCCGACAGCUCUUCAGCUUGCCAAGCGGAUCCGUCAUCGAGGUCCCGACUGGAGCGGAAACCAUAUUUCCAACCAUACAAUUUUAUGUCACGAACGUCUUAGCAUCGUCGGUGUCGAAUCUGGUGCGCAGCCCUUGACCAACGACGAUGAGUCUCUUGUUCUGGCCGUCAACGGGGAAAUCUACAACCAUCGUUUGAUCCGAAAGCAUUUGAAUCAUGUGCACCGCUUCAAGACAACAUCCGAUUGCGAAGUCAUCAUUCCUCUGUAUAUGGAGUAUGGCCUCGACGCCCCGAGCCAUCUCGAUGGCAUGUUCUCCUUCGUCCUCUACGACAAGAAGCAAGACCGAACCAUUGCUGCCCGUGACCCUAUCGGCAUCACCACAUUAUAUCAGGGCUGGUCGUGGAAGGAGCCAGGCACUGUAUACUUCGCAUCCGAGCUCAAGUGUCUUUCUACCGUCUGCGACAAGAUUGUUCCAUUUCCCCCAGGUCACGUUUACGACUCAAAAACCGGCGAAACAACUCGAUACUUCAAGCCCGGCUGGUGGGAUUCUGGCAAAGUCCCUGCAAACCCAGUUGACCUGAAGGCAUUGCGCCAUUCGCUGGAGAAGGCGGUGCGUAAGCGACUCAUGGCUGAGGUCCCUUAUGGCGUGCUCCUGUCGGGUGGCCUUGACUCUAGUCUUGUCGCUGCCAUUGCUCAGCGCGAGACCGUUCGCCUCAAGAAGAAAGCUCUAGAGGCUGAUGGCGGCGCCGACCACCACAGACCUGGCCAAGCCCUUGCUGGCGAAGGUCUGGUGGGCAUCGACGAUGACGACAACCUGUCCACCGUCACCUAUCUUCCCCAGCUCAACUCCUUCUCUAUCGGUCUGCCUGGGUCACCCGAUAACAAGGCUGCUCUCGAGGUCGCCAAGUUUCUCGGCACCAAGCAUCACGUCAUGACCUUUACCAUUGAGGACGGCCUCAACGCUCUUUCCGACGUCAUCUAUCACCUUGAAACGUACGACGUCACCACCAUCCGUGCCUCCACCCCCAUGUACUUGCUUUCGAGGAAGAUCAAGGCUAUGGGAAUCAAGAUGGUUCUGAGUGGCGAGGGUAGCGACGAAAUCUUUGGCGGCUAUCUCUAUUUCCACGCCGCCCCUGACAAGAAGGCUCUCCACGAGGAGACUGUCCGCCGUGUCAAGAACCUGCAUUUUGCCGACUGUCUGCGGGCCAACAAGUCCACCUCAGCCUGGGGUCUGGAAGCCCGUGUGCCGUUCCUCGACAAGGAGUUUCUCGAAACUGCCAUGGGUAUUGAUCCCCAGGAAAAGAUGAUUACCAAGAACCGCAUGGAAAAGUACAUUUUGCGAAAGGCCUUCGAUACCAGCGACGAACCCGAAACCGCGCCCUACUUGCCCGAUGGCAUUCUCUGGCGCCAGAAGGAGCAGUUCUCGGAUGGUGUCGGCUACGGCUGGAUCGAUGCUCUCAAGGACAACGCUGAACUGCACGUCACUGAUGAAAUGAUGAAGAACCCCAAGACUGAAUGGGGCACCGAUAUUCCUGAUACCAAGGAGGCUUACUGGUACCGCCUGAUGUUUGACGAGCACUUCCCUCCGUCAUGCGCGUCUACCGUCAUGCGAUGGGCGCCUACCUGGUCUAAGCAGACCGAUCCCAGCGGCAGAGCCAUUGCCACGCACAACGCCAAGUACGACAAUGCGGCAUAG